CCCUCUUUCAAAAACACUUAUCUGAAAUUUGAUCCCAAUCGCCCAACCAAUGUCUCAUUCAACGCCAGCGGCCGACAAGAACGCCGCUAGAAAACUCCAACCCCUUCCUUGGACUCACCAAGAAACCCUCAACCUAAUCCAAGCCUACCAAGAAAAAUGGUAUUCUCUCCAGCGCGGCCAACUCAAGGCCGGCCAAUGGGAGGAAGUAGCCGUAACCGUCGCCACCCGUUGCGGCCUCUUCGACGACCCCGCUUCCAAGACCGCCCUCCAGUGCCGUUACAAGAUGGAGAAACUCCGCCGCCGCUACCGCUCCGAACGCCAGGUUCUCGCUUCGGGCUCCCCUUGGCCUUACUUCGACGCCAUGCAAGCUCUGGAACACGGGCCUUUUCCUUUCUCGACCCAACCAUUGCCUUCCAUGGUUCCAACCGGAGAGAAACACUUUUAUCCCGACGAUGGGCAUAAAGCUGGAAAUAACUACUGUUGUUACGAAGAAGAAGAAGAAGAAGAAGACGAUGAUGAUGAUGAAGAAGAUUAUCGGUUCAGUAAAAGCCGCAGUAUCAAUUACAUUCUGCGCCGGCCAAGUGUUGUGAACCGGUUCUCGGGGCUGUGUAGCGGUGGGAAGAAAAGGGUCAGACCGGAAGAGGGCGGGGAUGGUGACGUGGGAGUUGUGGGAAUGGAGGAAGAAGACAAGAGAGUGGGAUUAGCAGUGGAAAUAAAGAGAUUUGCAGAGAGGUUUGAGAGGAUGGAAAGAAAAAAUAUGGAAAUAAUACUUGAAACAGAGAGAUUCAGAAUGGAAAUGGAGAACCAAAGGAUUGAGAUGGUACUGCAUUCACAAAAGAAAAUUGUGGAUGUCAUAUCAGCCACUUUCGGGUUAAACAAGAGAGUGAAGGUGGAAGAAGAUUUGGGUUCCUCGAGAAUAUUUCAAGGUUGAAAACUAUUUUCUAUU